AUGGGUGAUUGUUUUAACACGCAGCUAGGAAUUUUCAAGUUGCAUUGUACUACAUAUCCUAUCAUUUGUCAUAUUAUGGCUCAUAUUAAUAAUUUACCAAAAGUUGUGUUCGUAUUGGGUCCUCCGGGAUGUGGCAAAGGAACACAGUGUGCAAAAUUAGAAAAGAAUCUUGGAGUAAGACAUUUAAGUGCUGGUGAACUAUUGAGGCAAGAAAUAAAACGUGAAGGUUCUCAAUAUGGACAGUUGAUCGAAACUCAUAUCCGUAAUGGUACUAUUGUUCCGGUUGAGAUUACAUGCAAACUUAUUGAAAAUGUGGGUCCCGCAAUGAGUAAAUCACAUUUGUCAAAAGCAUUUCUAAUAGAUGGCUUUCCAAGAAAUGAAAAUAAUGUGAAAGGAUGGGAGCGUGAAUUGCAGCAAAAAACAAAAAUUCUAUUCGUUCUGUAUCUGCAUUGCCCUGAUGAGGUAUGUGUUGAGAGAUGCUUGAAUAGAAAUGAAGGGCGUUCAGACGAUAACAAAGAGUCGUUACGUAAACGAAUUGCUACAUAUCAUACACAAACCUUGCCGAUCAUCGAAUAUUACCGAGCUCAGAAUCUUGUUCGUCAGGUAUCAGCGACUGCUUCGGAAGAAGAGGUUGAACUAGUUUUAUUUUAUAAUCUCAGGAAUCUUUAG